GUGCUUUUAUAGCCUCUCAUAUCUCAUGGGCUCAAUUGCUAAAGGACAUCUGGUUAUUGAAAACAUACGAAUGGUCUUCUGAAUGCUAUUUGACGAACCCCUCUAAUCAUCAAAACUGUUAUUUCAAGUAGGGAAUGAUUUUAAAAAAUAACUCAGAAGCCCAUGAGCGCUUUGAAUUUAACUUGAUACCCUGACACACCCGGAGUUGCCAGCGACCGGAAAUAGGGCUGCAGGCUUUGCCCGGUGGCUUGCCUGCUCCAGCUACAUCAGCUACCAUUGGCACUUUUUUUGAGGGGCGAUAGAAACCUGAAAGUGAAUAAUGCAGCGUGCUUCUGGAUUUUUAGUUUAUUUACUGUUAUUUUCAGUGGUUUAAAAUUCCCGAUAACUGAUCAGAACCUUUUUGUCUUGUCUUUAUUGGAUAUUUCAAACCAUUCAGCUGAUUUUUUUAAAUAGAAACUCAUACGUUGAUGGGAUACUGAAUUAAAUUGCCUAGUACAGUGACAGAGACAAUAGGCACCAAACAAAUUCGUGAAGAGCUGCAGCUGAAUGUUGGUAAACGUGACAGUGAUGUGCCAGUGAACUGGGCAGUGGCCCCCAAUCAAGAUACAAGCCUUGGUGAGAGAGUUUACAUGUGGCAUGUGAAGCCUUGGUUGAACAAGGAGUUUGUUACGUGGAUGUUGAGGCAAGGACUUCAACUGAAAUAUGUUUUGGAGUAAUGACAGUGAUGUGCUUCCAUUUAGUGAAGAGGUAAUGAACCAGCAAGCUGAAUUAUGAAUCCCUCUAGAUAUUGGUGAUGUAUUUGUUGUACCUUAGAAAAUAUGUGUUGUUGAUUUGUUAAUAGCGUGCUUUGUGAACUAGCUAGUUAAGAAAGAUUAUGAUGUGUGUGUGUUUGAGGAUCAACAAAAUUAACUACUUACAUAAACCUGGUACAUUUAUGUCCCCAUUGUACCGUUUUAACCAGCUGAGGUAGCCACCAAAGCUUGGUUAGAGCCUUGCCUGUUCUCAGGUCAAUACUCAACAAGUAUUUGUUGAGCUCUCUCUGUAUGCUGGAAGGUGUACACCCCUGUGAAACGUAUCAAAUGAGUAGUUGGAUUAAUGGUCCGUUAUUAACAAACAUCAAUUUCCUCAGGAGGUGUUCAUUGGACUAGAUAUCAAAGGCCCACUGGAAUGGACUAAGUAAGAGAAGACACAUCCCAAUUCUGCCGUCCAGGUGCCCUGACUGUUUGUUUCUGAGUUCUCUUCUCCCCAGCCUGUUGUGUCCUCUGUCAGGGUUUUCCGGCCCUCUGUGCGUGCGCACAUACCCCCCACUUCCUGGUCUAGUGAUAAUGAUAACUCAUUUGUAUUCUGCAGUUGAUAUAACCUGUGCAUGAUACAGUACCUCACAUGACCCUCCUAACAGCUAUAGGGUAGAUGUUACCUGCAUGUAACAGAGAAACUUGAGUCUCAGGGUAAGUAACUCGCCCAGGUUACACAGUAAGUAACACAUAUGACAAGCCUGAAUCCAGCGCUUCUGGAGGCCUGUUGUCCCCCUAGCCCCGGGCCGCCUGUUGUGCUAGAUUCAGGUCAGAAGUCUCCUUAAGAUACUGAUACUGAACUCUAAAAGCAGUGUGAAAUGGGGAUUGUCCUUGUCUGUGUUGUGUGAAUGCGGCAGUUGAAAGCCCUUUGGUAUGCUCCAUAUGUCAGACUCUUUCUAGACACACCAGAAUAAUUUUCUUUUCAUGGUGAGAUGGGAAACCUUGUGUUCUUAGAAUACUGAAUAUUAAACAGUUCUGUUUCUUACCAGGUGCCUGUUAGGAUUAAGUGACUUAGUGUUUGUAAAGCCCAUUGCCUAACAUAGUAAGCAUUCAGUAAUGUUAACUGCCAUCAGCUGUCAUGGUUAUUGAUCUGUGAAGGCUUUGUUUGAAGAAUAGGCUUUGUAUUAGAAAGGGAGAAAGAUGGAAGGGAGGAAAGAAAACAUGAAGGAAUUGAAAUGUUAAUUCAUAAAGCCACUCUCUGUGGUUUAUCUAGAAAUCCAGUCUGUAGACUUGGUAAUAAGAUUUGAAACUAAGGUUUUAUUGAGAAGUCUCAGAAGUUGUAUGUGAAUUUAUUUUUAGUAUAUGUGGUUGUAUUUUGGCUCUAUCAGCAGGGUUUACUUAAUGGUUAUGCCUUGUGCUGUUUAAUAAAUGUGACCACAUAUUUCCUGAGGUAUUUACAUAUAAGAAAAUGGAUUCAUUUGUUAAAGAUUUAUUUAUUUGACAGGGAGAGAGAGAGAGAGAGAUCUUCCAAAUGGCCAGAGCUGGGCCCAAAGCCAAGAGCCCGGAACUCCAUCCGGGUCUCCAUGUGGAUGGCAGAGACCCCACACUUGGGCCGCUCGCCACUGCUUUCCCAGGCACAUUAGCAGGCAACUGGAUUGGAAACAGUGCCUGGGACUCAGACCUGCCUUCCGAUGUGAGAUGCCAGCAUUGCAAGUGGCGGUUUUAACCUGGUGUGCCAUGAUGCACCCCUGUUUGUAUCCUGACAGUUGUGUGUCUGCUACCUUCAUUUCAUUUCAUCUGGGGGAAGUGUACUGUGGCUGGUUUGGGUGGUCAGGUCGUUUGCUGGUAUUGUAGUGUUCACUACAAAAUUCUCUGUACAAACUAUAUUUGGAGCAAAGCUGAGGCAACAGACUGCUGCUUAGUCCUUUGCUGUGACAGGAAGUGGCAUCACAGAGUGAUAGAAUUUUAUAGUGGAAAGAGACCUUGGACCUUCAAUGCGUGGGUUAAUCUGUUUUAUAGACCAACAGAAUUUCCCAUGGUCAAAGGGCUCACGUAAAAACCUUGACAUCCUGUCAGCUGGGCCACUUUGCAGCAAGCUUACCCAAACUUUAGCCACCUUCAGUACCCUUCGGAAGCAGGGAUGUGUAAAGAAGAAUUUGUUGAAAUGAAACAAAACUCUAUAUUUUAGGUGUGUGGAAGGUAGCAAUACAUGUCAAGGUCUGCAUCUUCAAGAAAUGCAAUCUUUUUUAAAAAGAUUGAUUUUAUUUGAUAGGUAUAGUUACAGAGAGAGAAGAGAGAGGGGAAUAGACGGGGAGAGAGUGAGAGGUUCCCCAAAUGGCCACAGACAUCAGCUGGGGCCGAGCUGGAUUGAGCCCAGAGCUGCUGCUUGUUUCGCACAUGGAUGCAGGGGCGCAAGUGCUUGGGUUCAUCUGCUGCUGCUUUCCCAAGUGCAUUAUCAAGGAACAGGAUUGAAAGUGGAACAGCCAGGAAUAGAACUGGCGCCUAUAUGGAAUACUCAUACUGCAGGCAGCAGCUUAACGCACCACACCACGGUGCCAGACCUCAAAACUGCAGCUCUUCUGGGACCACUGGCAGGGACAGAUUUGCUUAGUGGCAUAAUACCUGAACUCUGUCAGAAAUAUCCUGAUUUGCAUUUCAUGAUCGGAGGAGAGGGGCCAAAGAGAAUUAUUUUGGAGGAAGUACGGGAAAGAUACCAGCUACAUGACAGGGUGCAUCUUUUGGGAGCUUUAGAACACAAGGACGUUAGAAACGUCUUAGUGCAAGGACACAUUUUUCUGAAUACCUCUCUCACGGAAGCGUUCUGCAUGGCGAUUGUGGAAGCAGCCAGUUGCGGUUUACAGGUUGUGAGUACCAGGGUUGGUGGAAUCCCUGAGGUCCUUCCCGAAGAUCUCAUUAUUUUAUGUGAGCCUUCAGUAAAAUCUUUGUGUGAUGGAUUAGAAAAAGCUAUUCUCCAAUUCAAGUCAGGGUUACUGCGAGCUCCAGAAGAGAUCCACAACCUAGUAAAGACGUUCUACACCUGGAGGGAUGUUGCAGAGAGAACUGAAAGGGUGUAUGACCGGGUGGCUGGGGAGGCUGUGUUGCCCAUCGACAAACGGCUGGACAGGCUCAUCUCUUGCUGCGGCCCAGUAACAGGCUACAUUUUUGCCUUAUUGGCUGUGUUCAGCCUUCUCUUCCUCAUUCUCCUGAGAUGGAUAACUCCAGAUUCCGUCAUUGAUGUUGCAGUAGAUGCCACGGGGCCAAAGAGCUCGUGGACUCUGCAGCAUCCUCGCAGAGCAAAACUGGAUGAGGAUGAUGGCAAGUCUGAAACCAGGUAGAAGAGAACCAGCGCUGUAAAGAUCUGAAAAUUUUGUAAUAGUUGAAAGAAGAUUAUAUUGAAAAUGACCUUGCGUUUUUGUUUUUUAAGUUAAGUUAGUAAGUUAUGCUACCUCUGUAUCAUUCAAUGUUUUAUUUUGAGGAAAGAUAGAAACUUAUGCAAUUCCUGAGUGAACAAACUCCUUGCACUUACUUACAAUUUAGGAGAGAAGAUUUAAGCCACUCAGGUAUGAAAUUUUUCAGAUUACUGAAAUCCUUCUAGCAGAAAUGUUUUAACCUUAUAUUUUGAGAGCUUUGGGUGCUGAAGGGCCAAACGUUUUCUGGGCACUUUUUGGCCAGUUUUUAAUGUCAGUCCAUUAAUCAACACUCACCAAAUGUUUACAAGUUUUCUUUUGGAAAGUACAACAGCUACAUGAACUAUUUUAAAUCAUAUUCACAGAUAUUUGUUAUUAACUUUUUAAGUCAUGCUCUUGCACAUCCGUUGGGUCUACUCAGUAAGUGUUGCGUGCAUGUAAAUAGCAGGGUUCUGAAGUAACACGGUCUCUUAGCUACCAGCGUGUUCUGAGCACCUGCUAUGUAUAGCAUGUCAAACUAGGCACUUCCGCCAUGAAGGACAAGGGGUACAUCUGUUCUUUAUCAUUCAAAUGGCUUCCUUCAUCGUGUCACAGUUGACACGAUAUGAUAAAAUGCUCAACAUGCCAAAAAGGCUCAUGCUAAUUUAAUGCCAAGAAGAAAAA